ACCAGCAGAGGAGCUGAACACGGGGGAAACAAACAGCCUUUCAAUCUGAUAUAGUUCAGGACAGACAUGCAUUCACACGCGUCAAUGCCGCUGAUAUCCUGCUGGGAUUUACUGCCUUUAUUCCUCUUGUCAGCCUCGCAGAUGGGUGCAGGCAGCGCAGUAUGCAGACCGGGCUUUUCUGAAGAUAUAUAUACCACCGUAAUGUCUGAAACCGUGUUGCCUGGGCAGCCUCUGUUCAUUGUGAAGUAUGUGCACUGUGGCAGAAUAUCUCAUGUGAGGUUUGAAUGUAGCCAGCCAGAGGACUUCAGGAUAUCAGUGGAUGGGGUUGUGUACGCCCGCAGGCCAUUGGACACAUCUCACUCCUGGAUUACACCCCUGCUCAUUAAAGCGCGGGAUGGUGUGACCGGACAACAGUGGCAGACACGAGUCUGGCUGUUGUCUCCAGGAGCUCAUUUGUCAGAGAAGCAUGCCAUGCCCAGGACACAUAUACCGGAAAUAGUGAUCCCUUCUCAUCCGAUAAACACGUCACUCAGACGGAUAAAGAGAGGCUGGGUUAUACCUCCAAUCAAUGUGGCAGAAAACUCAAGAGGACCUUUCCCAAUGAACCUGGUCAGGAUUCGCUCAGAUAAUGAUGAGAGGGUGAGUUUACGCUACAGCGUGACCGGACCAGGUGCCGACCAGCCACCAACCAGUGUCUUCUCCAUUGAUCCCGUUUCAGGACAACUAUCAGUACUGAAGCCUCUGGACCGCGAGCACUUGCCUAGCUUCAAUUUAAGGGCCCAUGCUGUGGACCUUAAUGGUAAUCAGGUGGAAAAUCCCAUUGACAUCAUGAUCCAUGUAAUCGACAUGAAUGACAAUCGACCAGAGUUCAUCCAACAGAUUUGGAAUGGAAGUGUUCCUGAAGGAUCUAAACCAGGUACAUCAGUUAUAACAGUAACAUCAGUAGACAAAGAUGAUCCCAAAACUCCAAACGGCCAACUCCGCUAUAAGAUUGUGUCCCAGAAUCCUGCCAGCCUGAGCCCCAACAUGUUCACUAUUAACAACAAGACAGGAAGUAUCAUCACUGUUGCAGCUGGGUUAGACCGAGAGAAAGUCCCACAGUACACACUGAUUAUUCAAGCCACUGACAUGGAAGGAAACCCAACAUACGGUCUCUCCAACACAGCCACUGCUGUGAUCACAGUCACGGAUGUCAAUGACAACCCUCCUGAGUUCACUGCUAACACCUUCUUUGGCGAGGUAUCAGAGAACCAAGUGAACGUUAUCCUGGUCAACAUGGCAGUCUCGGACAAAGACCAACCAAACACAGCAGCGUGGGACACUGUGUACAGGAUAACAGCAGGUGACCCCAUGGGUCAUUUCUCUGUGCCCACUGAUUCUGGUUCUAAUAAAGGCCUGAUGACAGUCAUCAAGCCUAUUGACUAUGAGGUGAACAGAGCGUUUGUGCUGACAGUGGUGGCUGUGAAUGAGGUUCCUAUGCAGAGAGGCGUCCAUCUGUCCCGUCAGUCCACGGCCACCGUCUCUGUCCGGGUCAAUGAUGUUAAUGAGAGCCCCUAUUUCGAGCCCAACCCCAAACUACUGAAACUUCAGGAGGGCCCGCAGACAGAGUCUGUAAUAACCACCUUCACUGCUCAGGAUCCAGACCGCUUCAUGCAGCAGAGCCUCAGAUACAGCACAUUGUCUGACCCUGGAGACUGGCUAAGAAUUGAUUCCAUAAAUGGGCUUAUCACAACCGUCAGCGUUUUGGACAGAGAAUCUCCUUAUGUUGAAAACAAUAUAUACACUGCUACAUUCCUGGCCACUGACACGGGGUUUCCUCCAGCCAGCGGUACUGGAACUCUGCAGAUCCUUCUGCUGGAUGUGAAUGAUAAUGCUCCUCAGUUUUUCCCUUCAGAAGCUAAGAUAUGUGAUAAACCUGACAACAGUGGCAUCAAUAUUACAGCACUGGAUGCAGACAUACCCCCCAACACCGGACCCUUCAUCUUUGAACUGCCUUCUGAACCUGCUGAAGUGAGAGAAAACUGGACUGUCACACAACUCCGUGUCGGCCACGUACCCAGUGGCUCGGACUAAAAAGAAGAAGAGACGGAAGGGCUCUUCCACUCCGGUCCAGUCCAGUGCAGCCGACAUCCAGUCAGGUCCAGCAGCCGGCGUCCAGUCAAGUCCAGCCGGCAUUCCAGCCAGCGUCCAGUCCGGUCCAGUCAAGUUUUUAUAUUAACAUGAGCGUUUUUGUUUUGAUUUAUACUAAUAAAGUUAUGUUUUUGUGUACUGCUGCCUGUGCUUGGAUUCUCUCUUACGGACAUUUCUCCUGUCGUGACAAUUUCUAAUAUAUCGUUAUGUCAUUUAUUAUAUUGAUAAUUCAUAAAUUAGGAAAUAUAUUUUCUUUGCGUCAUGUGUAAGGUCAUCGUGUGGGUCAUUUUAUUUACAGCUAAAUUAUUCACUUAUUAAUGAAACAUGUUUGUUUUUUUUUGUGACAAAAGACUUUGAGCAUAAAGGUCCAAAUGGGCAGGUGCUAAAUUUGUGGUUACUGAACAUUUGCAGUACAGGUGAAGUGUUGAUUUCAUUACUAUUAAAAUAUUUGCUAUAGGUAAUUAUUAAAUUAACCUUCCUGUAGCUCAGUGGUUAGAGCAUGUCGCUAGCAAUGCCAAAGUCAUGGGUUCGAUCCCAGGGAUUGCACAUACUCAGAAACAAGUGUAUAGUAUAAUGUAAUGUAAGUCGCUUUUGGUAAAAGCAUCUGCCAAAUGCAUAAAUGUAAUACUCUUCUCUGAACUCAUCUAGGUGAAUAUGCACAGCUUGGUAUUAAAGUUGACUUCAUGGAGACUGGAAUCUAUGAGGUUCCCAUUACAAUCACAGACUCGGGUGACAUGCCGCUGUCCAACACCUCGUACCUGCGAGU